ACGAAGAGCUAGAGAUGAGAAGACAGAAAUGUGAGCUGCCAUGGUGCUACAGCUGAUGCUGGAGGGCCGCAAAGAGUCUGGUGGCCCAGUGAUUCAGUCAGUGGUGUCGAGUGGUCCUACAAUACACAUAUAGUCAUCAAGCGACUGUGCUGCAUUUGAGAUGGGCUUACCACCACAUGGCUCGACUCACAUCAUCGCAUUGACCGCUGUGGGCUUACAUUGCCAAGGGCGCGGGCUGAGCAAUGGCCUCCCGCCUGUGUUGCCCCAGUGCAACCUCCAAAGACAAGAGGCUGCUACUGUGUUGCACUAUCAUUGUGUUGCUCGACUCGACCAGCGCUUCGAAGACACGAUAUCUGCGCCGUUCGUCGUUGGACCUUUGCAAAACUCAGUGAGCAUAGCGCUUGUGCUCGACGCAGUUACAGCCAACAACCUCAAAAGGCCAGAGGAGAUCGCCAUGUUCUCCUUGCGGUUGGUCACAGUGGAAGAGGAGCUGACUGAGACAGUCCUUCAGCUUGACAGUUCUACUAUUUUCAGUCCUGCGGGAUGUUCCUCACGACUUUGAACACAUGUCGGGGUUCUAUCUGCGCUUUGUGGUAAGGAGCCUGAGAUUAAUACUGCAAGUGACUCUCUUGGAAUAGAAAGCGUACUGUCAUGGAUCAUUACACGCUGGUCUCGCACU